AUGAAGCGUGUCUGGGCAUUCGUAGCACUAUUAUUCAGCAUGCUGCUGAGCGCGAUCGGCGUGCUCGCUGUGCUAUCCAGCGAAGCUGACCUCGCCUGGAUCUCACGCACGAGCUCGUACUUCGCCCCGCGCGGUCCGUCACCAGACUUGCCGCCAACCGAUAUCCGCCUGCAGUCUCGCAAUGGCGGCGUCGAGCAGGUGCACCUGGUGGCGAAUCGUCACGAUCGCGUUACACUUGUGUUCGUGCGGGAUAUCUCUUCGAAUCCAGAUAUGCCGCUACAGUUGCAGGCAACUGUUCGGUAUGGUCGGAACGCAUCCCUGCUCGACAAUGAAGGUCUCGCGACUGCUCGGGUCUACACCGGCAUGCAAGAGUACAAUAGCUAUCUCUGGAACCCGCCGAUGGGCGCACCGUUUCUUAACCGCUCUGAAAUUGCCAAGCUUAUGAACACGGCAUCGUGGGCGCAGCCCUGGUGGCCAGUCUACAACAACGAUACCGCGGCGAAUAUUCCCGAAAACGAAUCCGUGAAAGCAGCAUACAAUAACCCCGCAUCGCUCUAUCAGUCGCCUCUCAUUUUCACGGUGAAGCUCGAGAACCUUCUACCGAACACACAGUACUUUUAUGAGAUUGAUGGGGAAUAUCAGGGAAAUUUCACCACGCUGCCCAUGGAUGGCGACCAUAGCAAACCACUGACCCUGGGCAUGUGGGCCGAUGUAGGCCAGACCAACGUCAGUGCCCUGAACAUGGAGUAUCUGUUGCACGAUGUGAAUCCCGAUCUGGUGCUGCUCGCUGGAGACCUGUCGUAUGCGGACGCCUUUCAGCAGCGCUGGGAUACCUGGGGCCGUCUAAUGGAACCGCUGAUGUCGCAUAAGCUAUCGCUGUUUUGUAAUGCCGACCACGAGUUGAAUGUUGGCAAUGAGCAGAAUAUCGGUUACCUGUUCCGGUACCCGGCACCAUUUGAGGAAUCGAAUUCUCCGUCCUUUGAGUACUACAGCUACAAGACGGGACCGCUGCAUAUCAUCGCCCUGGGGUCAUACACGGUUUUCAACCAUUCCAGCGUGCAGUAUCGCUGGCUCGAGCAGGAGCUCGCGCGCAUCGACCGGCGGCGUACGCCUUGGGUGCUGGUGAUGCUGCACGUGCCCUGGUACUGCUCGAACUUUGUUCACAUCGGCGAGGGCCUACUAAUGCGAGAAUCCAUGGAACCGCUGCUCUACAAAUACGGCGUCGACAUCGUUCUUACUGGGCACGUUCACGCGUACGAGCGCACUUUCCCGGUAUAUCAGAAUGAGACGAAUUCGUGUGGCCCGGUGCACUUCGAUCUCGGCGACGCUGGAAACCGUGAGGGCGCCUACACCGACUGGCUGAUGCCGCAGCCAAGCUGGUCCGCUUUCCGUGAGGCCUCUUUCGGCGUGGGCAAGCUCGUUAUCUACAACGAGACGCACGCGUACUACGAAUGGCACCGCGUCGCAUGCGAGGACACGAAUGCCACACAUUGCGCGACCAAGGGCGACAACUCGGCCCAACGGUACGAUAUCUCGGACACAACCUGGGUGAUCCGGAAUACCAGCCAGUGUCCCAAUCGGCUUAUGCCAAACGCCAUGUCCGAGCCUGUUCAUCGUAUGCCGAAUCCGCCUGCAGGCAUUGCGAGACCGAAACCAGCACGCCCAGCGCCACAGCUCCCGGGUCCGCCUGCGGCAGCACCAGCGCCAGCGCAUCCACACCCGUAG